AGACCACAUCAUGCUUACUAAGCAGCCUCGUCCUUUUCUUCGGGCGAUGCAAGUGUUGUUCACGAUGACACACGAAAUGGCCAACACCCCACAAGCGUCGGUGCACUCAUCUCACCAAAGCAUAGCACCGCUCACACCCCUGUCACCGCAAACCCCAACAUCAGCGUCAUCAUCUGCAUCUAGCACAUCGUCUGCUGUGGGUCUGGAGACAGCGGAUGCUACCCCAACAACAGCCAAGAUAAAACCCAACUAUGACAGACAAAGUCUGGAAUAUAUUUGGCGAAGUUUGGUGGCGGGAGGUGUUGCAGGAUGUGCGGCAAAGACAGCCGUAGCACCCCUGGAUAGAGUGAAGAUUCUGUUCCAAACCAAUAACCCUCAUUUCGAAAAGUAUUCAGGAACCUUUUUCGGUGUAUUUAGAGCUGCAAGUGAUAUCAAGCGGGCUUACGGUGUGCGAGGGCUGUUUCAAGGGCAUUCCGCAACAUUACUCAGAAUCUUUCCCUACGCUGCCAUCAAGUUUAUGGCCUACGAGCAAAUAAAGCAUAGAAUCAUGCCAACAAAAGAGAGUCAGUCAGCUUUUCGGAAUAUGAUUGCUGGAUCUUUGGCUGGUUGUACAUCUGUAUUCUUUUCCUACCCAUUGGAUCUUAUAAGAGUACGGCUGGCAUUCGAAGUGCGGGCACACCAUCACCCGAUAAAACUAAGUGAUGUGGUUCGCAUGAUCUAUACGGAACCGAGUCCCUUUGUCCACAAUCCUCGGCCAACGCUGCGACCACUAGUUGGUGUUAUGAAUUUUUACCGCGGAUUCAUGCCAACGCUGUAUGGAAUUAUUCCCUAUGCUGGAGUCAGCUUCUUGGUGUACGAACGGCUAAAGACCUUCGCCAAAACAACACUUGGAAAAUACACCCUCACUUCACAUCCAAAAUACCCUAAUAAAGCAGAAUUGACAUGGUGGGCGUACCUGACAUGCGGGGCAGUGUCAGGGGCCAUCGCCCAAACGUCUGCCUACCCGUUUGAAGUAAUUCGCCGUAACAUGCAAGUCGCGGGGGUGGUUCGAGACGGAAACGAGUUGCGGCGCACUACAGCACAAACCGCUCUGGAUAUCGCGCGACGAAGGGGCUGGAGAGGAUUCUUUGUAGGAUUGAGCAUAGGUUACAUGAAGGUGAUGCCCAUGAGUGCAGUUAGCUUCUUCGUUUAUGAGUGGAUGAAAAGUUGGUUGGGGAUUGACUAGGCCUACAGAUAGAGGACAUAUAGAGAUUUUCGCUACCUGAGUCACUGGAGGCAUUCUCCGCGUGAAUAUAUACUUGAUGAGAAAAGA